ACUCCGGAACAGAAAUUUGCUGAACCUGUGAAACUUGCGCAGAUAUCAUGAAUCCUUCACCGCCACCGCCGGACCCGAACGACACCGACUGGAUCGUCCAAGUCGAGGACAGCCUCCAGCGAAAGGCCUCCAAUGACCAACGGUACUGGAACAAGCGGUCCAUCUACAGGGUCCGCACCUGCAUCGCUGACCCCAACAGCAAGGCCUGCCAGCCGCAGGUUGUCUCCUUCGGCCCCUACCACCAUGGCGAGAAGCACCUUCUUCCCAUGGAGGAGCACAAGCGCCGCGCGCUUUUCGAAUUCCUCAAGCGGUCCAGGAAGCCCCUCAAGCCCUUCCUCGAGUCCCUGAGGGAGGUGGCGCUGGACCUUGAGGAGAGCUACGAUGCACUGGACCCCGAGUGGAAGGGGGGCGGCAGCGAGGGCAUGGCGGUCCGGUUCCUGGAGCUUAUGAUCACUGACGGCUGCUUCAUGCUUGAGAUUCUCCGUGUCGCGACCCAGGAGGUGACACCACCGAAUGACUAUGCCGUCAACGACCCCAUCUUCAGCAACCAUGGGAAGCUCCACGUAAUGCCGUACAUCAGGCGAGACAUGCUGAUGCUGGAGAAUCAGCUGCCAAUGCUAGUGCUGUUUCGGCUGGUGGCCGUCAAGAGUGACGGCAAGGAGGGCGACGAAUUCAUCAACGGGCUCAUCGUCAACUUCUUCAGCUCCCCCAGCAAGGUCACUGGCAAAUGCCUACACGUCCUGGACGUCUAUAGGAAGAGCCUGCUGCUACAUGAGGAGAAGCCGGAAAAAAAGUUCAAGAAGCAGAAGUCCAAUGAGGUCUUACCCAGGCUGCGUGGGGAGACAAUCCGGUCGGCCACCAGGCUCCACGAGCAUGGGAUCUGGUUCAGGAAGAGUGAGACCAGCAGCCUCAAGGACAUCUCCUUUGCCAGAGGGGUCCUGAGGCUCCCCACGAUCCAAGUGGACGACACCACGGAGUCUGUAUACCUCAACCUUAUCGCGUUCGAGCACUUACAUGUCGGGGCUGGGAAUGAGGUAACGUCCUACAUCUUCCUCAUGGACAAAAUCAUCGACAAAGAGGGGGAUGUCGCACUGCUCGAUGCCCAGGGCAUCAUCCAGAAUGCCCUCGGGAGCGACAAGGCAGUCGCCGAGCUGUUCAAUUCGCUGUGCAAGGAAGUGACGCUUGAACCCGAGAGUAGCCUCAAUACCGUGCACAAAGAGGUCAGCGACUACUACAAGAGCACCUGGUACACGUGGAUGGCUACUCUCUACCACACCUACUUCAGGAGUCCUUGGUCUAUAUUGUCUGUCAUCGCCGCCAUCCUCCUCUUCGCACUCGCUAUAAUUCAGACCGUAUAUACCAUCCUCUACCCUUGAACCCUCCGUUUGCCUCUCUCUACAAUAAUUUUUUUCUUCCAUCUUUUGGUUUUUCUCCUGAUGUUGAUAC